GAGAGAGCAGAGAGGGGGAAGCGCUGAAUAAUUGAGGAACUGCAGCGCCCUCCUCCCUCUCUCUUUCCCUCCCUCCUCUCUCUCUCCAUCCCUCCCUCCGCCCUGCGUGCGCGGCCGGGAGCCGGGGCCGCCGGUGCCCAGCACAGCCCCCCCGCCGGCUGCAGUAGCGCAGCCGCCCCCGCCGGGGUGCGCGCCCGCGGCCGCUCCGCAGCAUCGCUCGCCCGCUGCCCUCUGCGCCCGGCGGUUGCCGCACACAACACGCGUGGAGAAGGUCGGGACACUACUGGCAGGGGGACAAGAGGCAAAGAAGAAACCGAGAGGGAGGCGGGAGCAGACGGGCCACCAGUGCAGGAGGGAGAUGCAGCCGCAGCCCUGAGCAGGUGCUGCAGAAACCAUCUGUGACCCACCUCCGUGGAGCCCAGCACCAGCCAUGAGCGGCUUCUUCUCCCGCCUGGACCCUCGGCGGGUGCCAUGGGGGGCCGCGGGCCAUGCCCUGCGCACCCGCGUCCUGCGCACCAAGCCGGUGGAGUCGAUGCUGGAGGGCACAGGGACCACCACCGCCCAGGGCUCCAGGCUGGCCAAGGUCCUCACCACCCUUGACCUCAUCUCCCUCGGCGUUGGGAGCUGUGUGGGCACUGGCAUGUACGUGGUAUCUGGCCUGGUGGCCAAGGAGAUGGCAGGGCCUGGGGUCAUCGUUUCCUUCAUCAUUGCCGCUGUUGCCUCCAUCUUGUCAGGCGUUUGCUACGCUGAGUUUGGUGUGCGGGUCCCCAAGACCACGGGCUCUGCCUACACCUACAGCUAUGUGACAGUGGGGGAGUUUGUGGCGUUCUUCAUCGGCUGGAACCUCAUCCUGGAAUACCUGAUUGGCACGGCCGCAGGCGCCAGCGCCCUCAGCAGCAUGUUCGACUCGCUGGCCAACCACACCAUCAGCCGCUGGAUGAUCAACAGCGUCGGGACAUUGAACGGACUAGGGAAAGGAGAGGAGUCCUACCCUGACCUUCUUGCUCUAGUCAUUGCUGUCAUUGUCACCAUCAUCGUAGCCAUGGGGGUGAAGAACUCAGUGGGGCUGAACAAUGUGCUCAACGUCAUUAACCUGGCAGUCUGGAUCUUCAUCAUGAUUGCUGGUCUCUUCUACAUCAAAGGUGACAACUGGGCUGAAGGGCAAUUCCUGCCGUUUGGAUGGCCAGGGGUGCUCAAAGGGGCCGCGACGUGUUUCUAUGCCUUCAUCGGCUUCGACAUCAUCGCUACCACAGGAGAAGAAGCGAAGAGUCCCAACACAUCCAUCCCCUAUGCCAUCACAGCCUCACUCGUCACAUGCUUGACAGCAUAUGUGUCUGUGAGCAUCAUCCUCACCCUGAUGGUGCCAUAUGAUGCCAUUGACACGGAGUCCCCACUGAUGGAAAUGUUUGUGGUCCACGGCUUCUACGCAGCCAAGUUCAUCGUUGCCAUCGGGUCUGUGGCCGGCCUGACCGUCAGCUUGCUGGGCUCCCUCUUCCCAAUGCCGCGGGUCAUUUAUGCCAUGGCUGGUGACGGGCUGCUCUUCAGAUUUUUGUCCCACGUCAGUUCUUACACGGAAACUCCCGUAGUGGCUUGUAUCGUCUCUGGAUUCCUUGCAGCGUUGCUCUCCUUGCUGGUCAGCCUGCGGGACCUAAUAGAAAUGAUGUCCAUCGGCACACUGCUCGCCUACACACUGGUCUCCGUCUGCGUCCUGCUCCUCCGAUACCAGCCUGAGAGCGACAUCGAUGGCUUUGUCAAAUUCCUCUCUGAGGAGCACACCAAGAAGAAGGAGGGCAUCCUGGCUGACUGCGAGAAGGAAGCUUGCUCCCCAGCGAGUGAAGGAGAAGAGUUUGCUGGUCCACCAACCAACACGUGUGGGGCAAAAAAUCUGCCAUCACUGGGGGAUAAUGAGAUGCUAAUUGGGAAAUCUGAUAAAUCUACCUACAACGUGAAUCACCCCAAUUACGGCACGGUUGACAUGACCUCAGGGAUAGAGGCAGAUGAGUCUGAGAACAUCUACCUCAUCAAGCUGAAGAAGUUGAUUGGCCCUCGCUACUACACAAUGCGGAUCCACCUCGGACUGCCGGGGAAAAUGGACCGACCCACGGCGGCCACCGGCCACACAGUCACCACCUGUGUGCUCCUGCUCUUCAUCCUGAUGUUCAUCUUCUGCUCCUUCAUCAUUUUUGGGGCAGACUACAUCUAUGAGCAGAGCUGGUGGGCUGUCCUCCUCGUCGUGCUGAUGAUCCUGCUCAUCGUUGUGCUGGUGUUUGUGAUCUUGCAGCAGCCAGAAAACCCCAAGAAGCUGCCCUACAUGGCGCCUUGCCUGCCAUUCGUUCCUGCCUUUGCUAUGCUGGUGAACAUCUAUCUCAUGCUGAAGCUCUCCACAGUCACGUGGAUCCGAUUUGCUGUCUGGUGUUUUGUGGGUCUGCUCAUCUACUUUGGCUAUGGGAUGUGGAACAGCACAUUGGAGAUCAGCGCCCGGGAGGAGGCCCUCCACCAGAGCACCUACCAGCGCUACGAUGUGGAUGUCGACCCCUUCUCUGUGGAUGACGGCUUCUCCUACAACACUGAGGCUGAGGGCUACCCAGGCUGGGGUCCCUCCGAGGACAAGGGCUUCUCGUACCAGCAAAUGGCAGGAGCAAAGGAAAACCAUCGGACGAGUAGCAGGUCAAAAAGCAAAGGCAGGCACAAACCACCGUCAGAGGCCCUCAUUGCCAACGAUGAGUUGGACUACUCGCCUGAGUAGUGGGGCAGGCAGCAGGGUGCUGCACUGCCCAGACGAUGAGGAAGGAUCUCCGUGGCUCCCCCGUCCCGUCCUGUCCUCCCCAGGUCCUUCACCACCACCCUGCUCACCUCUGGUCCUGGGGGCGUGCUGUGCAAUUGCCGUUGACCCUGAACCAAACGCACCUGUGGCCCAUGGUGGCGCCUCUGGUCGGAUCCCACUCUGGUGAAUUCUGGCUGAUCCUCUGGCACCAGUUGAUCUCUCAAUACCAGCCGCACCAGCAGAAGCGGUGGACUGGGAGAUGUGCCAAACUGGGAGAGCAUUGAGAGGUGGAACGAGCCACAUUAAGGAAUGAAACAAGUUGUCCCUGGGGAACAUCCACCCGAUGGCUGCAGCCCCAGGAUGCCACUCUUAUGUUUUUGGAACUGUCUUAGCAUGUGUAUUUUUUCCUUUGAACCACCCAGAAGUAAUAUCCGAGCCAGAGGGACAGAAAGGUAGGUAGGAACGAAAUGGAGUUGGACAAAUCCCUUUCAAGGGAGUAGCUCAGAGGUGGAUCCAGGGAUGUUGGUCCCAUCACACAACAUUUCCAUGGCCCAUUUUGGUGCGAAGGCACUUGGUACACACAAUAGUGCAACCUCUGUGUCCAUCCCUACACCCCGAACCCCAGCAUCCCAAAUACUGCAAUUCAAAAUUAGUCCUUGUCUCAAUCAAACCUUAAAAUCUCAGUGCAGCUGAAUAUCCCAAGUCUGCAGCUGGGAGCCUGGUCCCAUUUCUGGUCCCUGCUUGUGGCUUAGUCCACCUUAUGCAAAUGGUCGACAAGGACCCCACACCAUUUCUCUGAGCACCACCAGUCUGAGGCCGGGUGCUGUUUCCACCACGUUGUGUCUUUUACAAAAAUGAUCUCGUCAUAAUUCCCUCCCUGCAGUGGGCACGUUUCAGCACUGGCUCUGGCCUUGGUGUUUCAAGGACGUGUCCAUGCCCUCGCAAAAUGGCAACAUCUGUGGGAUGCCACAUCUUGGCAGGAGAAGACUCAGCUGCUGCAAUCUCCCUCCCUGCUGCCAUCUCCACAUUGUACCUUUUUCUCUGUUUCUGACCCUGGCUUGGGGGAUGUUGUGUGAAAAAACACCAAAAUGUUGCUCAUUCUAUACAUGUCCAUAUUUCAGUUUGAAACCAAAUGGAGCCAGUGGUUCACAGGGCAGAGGUCGUCGUUUGUCAUGGUUAAUCUCUCUGGUGUGGCCAGAGCAUGGCCAUGGCCAUGGGCCCCCCAGCAGCACCAUCAGGUUCCCCAUCUCCAGCAUCCCUGCAGGACUGUCAGCGGUGAUGGGGUUUGGUCACAGCCACCACCUCCCCUGGCACAGACAGCAGCCACAUUGCUGAGUUAGUGAUUAGCAGCCGACACCCAGUAGGUCCAUUUCCGGAGCCCAUUACUGACCUGCUUGGUUUAAAACACUGCAACAGAGGAACAUCUUUUUGAAUAAAUAAUAGCAAGGAAGCACCCCAUCAGACAGAAACACCCAUCCUCCUCCUGGGCGCUGAAGGCUGCUGGUGGAUCCAUCCCUUAGGCUUCCCUGGAGGAGCCCAGACCAGCCCCCAGUACGAGGGGCUGCUGCUGGCAUCGCAGGGGACAAUUUGACAUUGAUGGGGCGUGAGGCAGGAUUUCCAACAUGUGAUGCUGAGAAUCGUUGGUUCACUCGAUGAAGCUCAGCCCCCCGAAACACAGUGCAGAGCCUGCCUGGCACCCUUCAUGAACAAGGGGGCUUCUUGGUGCAGAGGGUGCCUGGAACUGCAGUCAUUCCCAUUACUACUGGAGCUCACGGGCUUGACGGAGAGGCCCUGGCCAUGUCUGCAAAAGUUUCACACUUGCAGCCCCUGUCUCAAACUGUCACAAACUACAACCCUUUUGCCAGUGGUGAAGAGCAUCUGAUUCUGCAGAUUUUUAUCUUGGAGCAUCCCAGGCAAGGCAAGGAGUUUGGCCUCUGCCAGGGCCUUAGUACGGGAGCAAGGAUUUGACAAAAGGACACGUAAGCUUUGCUCUGGCACCUACUCCUGCUGCCCACCCCUACCACACUUCUACAAGCAGAAAUCCUGAGCAUGUCCCACUAAAAAGCUGUUUGCAAUGUGUGCAUCACAGGCCAGUUUGGAAAACCUUUCUGCUGGUGUUGAGCACGUCUCGCAAAGGUCACCUGUCAUUUGUGCUUGACUGCUCUCGUCCUUGAUGCCUUAGAAGUACCCAGGAGAGAUGGCACCUCACAGGUUUGGCUUUACAAUUUCAGGGAGAAAGACUGAUGCUAUUUUCCUACCAGCUCUUGUACUAUACCAUAUCUGAGGUAGUUGUCUUCGUCCUGCUUCCACAUGGUAUUCAGGCACCUGCCCAACCACAAACUCAUGCCCAAAUACCCUGUUGAAUUGAAGCCUGCUAUUCCUUUUGCAGCCUUAAGAUCUUGCUACAGAGCAGUUACCAGUACCAGUGUCUGUCGUCAUGUCUGCUCUAGUUAUGCCAUUUAAUCUGACAAGGGCUUGAUCCCUUGCUCUUCGCUGUCUGUAGGAAGCUCUCCAUUGGACCCAUGCACUGGGUAAAGCCCUUCAGCUGCUCUUGUUCACCCAUCCUCCUUCCCCUUCCUGGGGAAGUGAUGGGCAAGGACAGCUGUACCAUGUCCCCAAGACCGACGGGAAACAGCAUUUGGUGCCACAACACCAUCUGGUGCGGACGGGCUGCUGUCAGCCCUCACUGUAGCAGGGGGUGGGAGCCGUACCCUCCUCCUAAGCUCCUGCCACUUAACAGAGGAAUAUAAGGAAAAGGUGACCUGGGUUUUGUGACCGGUGUUCAAGGAGGUCAGUUUGCAGCACUGCUCCGAGUGACGGUGCCUGGGGGACACAUGGGUCCAGCCCCCACUUGGGAGCUCUCGUGUUUUCCCAUGUAGAAGGUGUUGGGGUCUUCAAUGGGUCCAAGCAAAAGCUGCAAAGACCAAAACAUUCAGGCGUGUCCAGCACUGGGCACUGCUGGCCCCGGGGUCAGUUUCAGAUGCUGGGAGGAGGUGCAAGUGCUUCUUGUGCUGUAACCCAGCCUUUCCCCCCGGGGUGUCCUCAGGGAGGUUCUCACACCCCUGUCCCAUCAGGAGGACACAGGCAGAGCUGCACCACCCCAAUCCCACCACCGGCGAGAGACACACAGCCCCUCCACGCCUGACUGCCCUCCCCGGGGGCACCAAUGCAUGGUACAGAUGGAGCAUAAAUACCUCAAGUCCUCCAGGCCGACUCCAAAAGAUUUCAGUCCCUCUGUAAAUUCACUCCACACAGUUACAACCACUUGGUUACAAGGCCCAGCAUGCAACAGAGAAAUCACACCCCGAACAACGAGGGAUGUUGUAAAUCCAGCUUGUAAAUGAUCUUCAAUUCAUUUUGUUCGGUGUUUCUGGUGUGUAUCUUGCUCUUUUUUUGGCAGGUGGUAACUUUCUGGUGUAACAAUUCUCUGCAGCUCUGAUAUGAAAUUGAUGUAUUUGUUAAAAAGAGUUUGUUCUGUUAAUUUUUUUUUUGUGGUUUCCAAAAGCCCAUUGGUGCAUUGUACAAUGGGAUCUUCUAGUGUGUCAUGAGAAAGAACAAAAAUAUGCAGAUAUGUUAUGGAGUGAUUUUUAUUUUCAGAUGAUUGUGUUGUUGACAACUAUACAUGUAAUAUAUAUAUAUAUAUAUUAUCAAGAUACUGAGAAAAAGAUCUAAAUUUACCAAAAUCUGUAUAUUUUAAUAAAUGCAUAAAGCUUUA